AUGGUGAACCAGUUCACUUUCCGUGAUGCUUCUGCAUCAUGUAAUGAUGCUCAAUUCAUUGCUGAUGCAAUGGACUCGACUAUACCCCACCUUGUUGCGGCGGGAAACGCUGGCCAAUGGGGAACUGAGCCUCUUUCUACAAAGGAGUCGUUCAUGCAGAAGAUGCAUGAGGCUGUUUCGAAGUCGGACCAGUUCUGUAAAACGGGGACUGGUGAUCGAGAGAGAAUAUUUAUCGCCGAGGUUGAGGAUGAUCAUGCCGACUCAGAUUCCACUGCAAAUGGACACCUCCCCCAUCGUAUGGACGAGAAUGGAAAAUCCUUUGUGUCCGUUGGCUUCGCCAAGAUUGUUGAAGAACAGUUCGUGAGCUAUCUGAAAGAGACAGAGGGUUUGAAAGCCCAGGUCGAGCCUGCGCUGGAAAAGGGCAAGUUUGUCUUCCUCCAAUAUCUUGUCACUGAUCACCGAGUUGGUGAUAGACGCCGCGGGGCUGGGGCAGCUCUUCUUCAGAAAGUCAAGGAUUAUACUCUUGAGCGUGGUUGGAAGACGAUCUGGCUUGAUUGCUGGGAUGGAGGUAAUGGGCAGUUGGUACAGUAUGUCCCCAGAAGGACACCCUCGACUCGGUUCAUUUUUAAUGGUUACAGAUACUACUUUGAACAGGGAUUUAAUAUCAUGGGGAGCUUUAGGGAUGAUGAUGAUGAUGGAUCGUCAUGGAAUGGCAAACUCUUCCGUAUGGACUUGCCCUAG